GCGAUCCCGGUGCCGGCCAGUGGGGCUCCCGCCUGGGUCCAGGACACUGGGUUCCCUAGGAGCUGCCCCUGGCUUAAUGAUUGCCCAGAGGGUGACUAUAAAGAGAGGCUGUGCCACGGAGGGCACCCAGAACACUUAGCUCAGCAGAUCUGGGCCCAGCCGAGCAGCGGGUGAAGGAGCUGUGGGCAGAGGCUCAGCGUCCUGCCUGCCGGCACCAUGGCAGCCCAGGGCUAUGGCUACUACCGAACUGUCAUCUUCGCGGCCAUGUUUGGGGGUUACAGUCUGUAUUACUUCAACCGCAAGACCUUCUCCUUCGUCAUGCCUUCACUGGUGGAGGAGAUCUCUCUGGACAAGGAUGACCUGGGGCUCAUCACCAGCAGCCAGUCAGCGGCCUAUGCCAUCAGCAAGUUCGUGAGCGGGGUGCUGUCAGAUCAGAUGAGCGCCCGCUGGCUCUUCUCCUCGGGGCUGCUCUUUGUGGGCCUCGUCAACGUUGCCUUCUCUUGGAGCUCCACCGUGUCCGUCUUCGCCAUCCUCUGGUUCCUCAAUGGCCUGGCACAGGGCCUGGGCUGGCCCCCGUGUGGGAAGGUCCUGCGGAAGUGGUUUGAGCCGUCCCAGUUUGGCACGUGGUGGUCCAUCCUCUCCACCAGCAUGAACCUGGCGGGCGGGCUUGGCCCCAUCCUGGUCACCGUCCUGGCGCAGACCUACAGCUGGCGCAGCACACUUGCCCUGUCAGGGGUGUUGUGCGUACUUGUCUCCUUCCUCUGCCUGCUGCUCAUUCGCAAUGAGCCUGCUGACGUCGGCCUCCGAAACCUGGACCCCACGCCCUCGAAGGGCAAACCAGGCUCCCCGAAGCAGGAGAGCACCCUCCAGGAGCUGCUGCUGUCCCCCUACCUGUGGGUACUCUCCACUGGCUACCUGGUGGUUUUUGGGGUGAAGACCUGCUGCACUGACUGGGGACAGUUCUUCCUCAUCCAAGAAAAGGGCCAGUCGGCCCUCGUAGGUAGCUCCUACAUGAGUGCCCUGGAAGUGGGAGGUCUCGUGGGCAGCAUCGCUGCAGGCUACCUGUCAGACCGGGCCAUGGCAAAGGCGGGGCCGUCUGUCUACGGGAACCCUCGCCACGGGCUGCUGCUGCUCAUGAUGGCCGGCAUGGCCGGGUCCAUGUACCUCUUCCGGACGACCGUGACUAGUGAGGCUCCCAAGGCUGCAGCUCUCUGGACUUCGGCUCUCCACCCUCUUGCUGAGCUCUCAGGCUUUACGGAGCACGAGCUCUGGAUUCUUGUACUGGGAGCUGUGUUUGGCUUCUCCUCCUAUGGUCCCAUCGCCUUGUUUGGAGUUAUUGCAAACGAGAGCGCCCCUCCCAACCUGUGUGGCACCUCCCAUGCCAUUGUGGGGCUCAUGGCCAACGUGGGCGGCUUCCUGGCAGGCCUGCCCUUCAGCACCAUUGCCAAGCACUACAGCUGGGGCACAGCCUUUUGGGUAGCUGAAAUCACCUGUGCAGCCUCUACUGUGGCCUUCUUCCUGAUGCGCAACAUCCGCACCAAGAUGGGCCGCGUCCCCAAGAAAGCUGAGUGAGGUGGACGGGCUCAGGCUCAGGCCUUUCCCCUGCGCAUGAAAAGGAAGCAAGCAGGCAGAGCAGGGGUGCUCUGGCCGGCGUUCAACCUUUGACUUGCCUUUUCUGGGCCUUAUCAGUGGCUAAUGAGGCCCUGCUGCCCCUCCUAUGCGCCUUUGUGCUCAGAUUCCAGCAGCUCCUAUUUUUGUGUCCAGAGUCAGGAGUUCUUGAGGCCAGAAGUCUUCCGCAUCCUUUUUCUAACCAGGCCAGGGUGAAGUUCCUGCUAAUUCAGGCUCUGGAGGGGUGGAGGGCCUCAGUAGGGGAGCCCUGCUAAAGCCAGUCCCUCUAGCUCCAGGACCCUGGGCAUCGUGGGGUGGGGGGAAUAGAGUGACUUGCUAUAGAUUAAAACUAGAUUUGAUACUAAA